AUUUGUUCGAAAAUUCGACGACAGGAACAGCAUCUGACGGGAUAACAAAUGAACGCAUUGAAUGGAGCUAUAUCUACUCUUCGUGGACGAGUGCUGAAUCAAAAGGAGUAUUCCAAAAAAUCGAAUCGAAGUGGAGGUUGAUUCGUGCCUCCAUCUACCUGUGAAUUUUUUUAACAAAUACAGAAGAUUUACAUGACGUCAUAGUCUGUCAAAAGCAUGGCCAUCUCUAGCAUUUAGUACCUUAGCUACCAUCUACCGUUUUGGCGGUAAUAACUGUGUGGUGUUUGUUUUAAUGCAGUAAUUGUGACGAAAUAAGUGUAAUAUAAAUUAAUUUAGUCAUAGAUUAACAACAGACUUAGCGAUGCCGAGGAGUAUACCAUGUGUGUGUUAGCAUUUUAACAAGGGUGAAGAAACAGACUACACCUUAUCAGUUUUGUUCCAUUGUAAAAUGGAUGAAUAACCAACUAAAAUUUUCCUUCAACUUAUAAUUUAAUAGUCUUCCAUUAUGCAUGCAAAAGGGCUGUGAUUUUUGUGAGUUCGAAUUGAAUUAGAUCCAUGCCAGAUAUUUAUGUAUUAAAUAAUGAAGUGCUGAAAAAAACGUCAGCGUCAAGCGAAGCAUUGGCACUGGUGACGACUGUCAUUACUACCAACGACUUCAGAGCUCUGAAAUACUACACAUUUCCGCGUCUUGUGUGCGCGGGCAUCGGGCAUUAUCCAUGAACUUCAUUUAUUCGCUUCAGUGACGUUAGAAAGCAUUCAUUAUUAAAUAAACUCACGAACUGUAUUUGAUAUAUCAGUUAAAGUUUUACCCGUGAAAUGCCGAAACGAAAGAAUCAAGCUCUCAUUGAUUCCGAUAGCAGCGGAAGUGCCUCAGAAAGUGGAUCUGACCUCGAUAACGAUUUACUAUCUCUUGCAAAGAAAAAGAAAGGUAAAUCUCCUGAGGAUUCACAGUCAAAUAAUGAUGACAAUGGCCAUACCGAAGUUAAACAGUCCAAACGGGCUGAAAGCGACACUUCCGACUCCGACGAUGACUGGGGAGCCAAAGGAGGUGGAAAAACUAAAAAGAAGAAACAACCUGCAAAAAGAAGCAAGAGAAAAGUCACAAAGUCCAGCAGUGAAGAUAGUGGAAGUGAUCAAGACGAUGCUAAAGUUUCAGAACCUGAAGAAGGGGAAGUUUCGGAUUCUGACGGCAGCGAUUCUGAAUCGAGUCAGGAAGAGUUCAAUGAUGGAUACGAUGAUAAGUUGAUGGGAGAUGCGGAGGAUCAAGCAAGGUUGGCACAAAUGACUGAGAAGGAAAGAGAGCAGGAGAUUUUCAAACGUAUUGAACAACGUGAGAUAAUGAAGACCAGGUUUGAAAUAGAGAAAAAAUUGAGGCUUGCAAAGAAACAAGAGUUGAAAAAACAGAAGGAGUCUAAAAAGAAAGAUAAAAGUGGCGAGGAAAAGAAAUUUGAUCGGGCACCUGAUCCUAAAGAACGCAGCAAAGAUCGCAAGAAAACGAUCGAGGAAAAACAAGACAAGAAAUUCCACGCUAUGACUUUGCUGAAGGCCAGGCGAGAAGAAAAAAAAGAAAGGGAGGAGAAAGAGAAGCAGAGGAUAGAGCUUCAGCAGCAGCAGUCCAAAGAAGCUGAAGAAGAGGAACUAGAAGACGAUCAUAAAGGUGGUUCAAAUAAGACCAAACUCAAGGCGUCGGACAUUUACUCAGAUGAUAGCGGAUCCUCGGACAGCCAAGAAGACGAUGAGCCUCCUAGAGCAACAUCUAACCGCAGAUCCUCGACAAGCGACAGCAGAGAUUCUGACUCUGAGAAUGACAAAAAAUCUGUUACUAGCACAAAAAGCCGACCAAAGAAACCAAUCUACGUAAGUACAAAAGAAGACCUGAACAAGGUUCGACUCUCACGUCACAAAAUGGAGAGGUUUGUUCACCUUCCGUUUUUUGAUCGAGUUGUACAAGGCUGUUUUGUUCGAAUCGGGAUUGGUAAUAACAAUGGAAAGCCUGUAUACCGCGUGGCCGAAAUCAGCGGGGUAUGCGAAACUGGCAAAGUUUAUCAACUUGGAGGCACUAGAACAAAUAAAGGAUUAAAAUUGAGACACGGUGCACAAGAACGAGUUUUCAGACUCGAAUUCGUUUCUAAUCAAGAGUUCACCGAGACUGAAUUCUUCAAGUGGAAAGAGACCUGUGCUUUGCAAGGCAUAUCGAUGCCGACGUUUGACGAAUUAGACCAUAAAUUAAAGGAUAUUAAAGAAGCCCUUGUUUACGAAUUCAAGGAAGAAGAUAUAGAAAAAAUUGUUAGAGAAAAAGAAAGAUUCAAACAAAAUCCGUAUAAUUACGCAAUGAAAAAGGCUCAACUAAUGAGGGAAAGAGAUGCAGCUAAUUGUAGAGGAGACGACGCAACCGCAAGUCGCCUUACUCAAGAACUGGGAGAUUUAGAAGAACGAGCUUCCGAACUGGAUAAAAUGCGCACUGCCACUAUCUCCAGCAUUUCGUACAUCAAUGACCGCAACAGAAAACGGAAUGUCGAAGAGGCUGAAAAGGCGAUCAUGGAGGAAAUUAAAGCGAACAAAGGUAAAAAAGUCGACGAUCCGUUCACGAGACGUAGUACAAAGCCGAGGAUGGUAUUCAAACCGGACGAUGAUGAAAUGCCAAUGAUUCCAAGUGUUGCCAAUUCUCGCGACAAGACCAGUCCCCCCCAAAUUGAGGACACACCGCCGACAAACAACGACAAGGAGAACGCGGAAACAAAAAAGAAAGCUGGCAGCGAAGACCUCUUCAAUGCCCAUGACUUUGACAUUACAAUAGAUCUAGAAGUACCUUUACCUAGUAAUCCAGUUAGUGUUUUACCAAAACCGGUCAGCAAUGUUAAAGACACAGGUCCUCGACGAUCUCUGAACUUGGAAGACUACAAGAAAAAACGUGGCUUGAUCUAACGUUUUGUAUGUAUAGUAUAUUUAAACUCUGAAACAAGAUACUUAUUACUAAAUAAUUAUGAUGAAUAAUUCAUGCUUAAUCACUUCGAGGUGAUUAUUAUCGAUUACACCUCUGAAAAGCAUGGUUAGAUUCAAAACCUGACUCAUUGAGAUUGUUGUUAAUAUUGAAUUAUUGACGAUACUUGUAUUAGUAUCGUGAUAUUUAUUUUUUUCUUUAUUUCUUCGCGAAGAGAAUCGUGACUAUACGCAUGUUACCACUACUCGUGAUCCAAAUCAACUCAUAACGCAUCACAAGUCAUUGAAUAUUUCAUUCUCCUCAGUGGUGAUAUGUACAACAAUGAUUUUGUAAAAAUAAAAAAAAAUUAAACUUAAUGGAACUUCAAUCGUUCAUUAGUUAACAGCCGAUAAAUGUACUGAAAAAUGAUUUGGAUAGGAAAUUAUUUUAUACAUAGCAAUGAUAAUUCAAAAAAAAAAAAAGCAACAAAGAAAACUUAUUUACAAUCAAUUUCCGUAUGAAUGCGUCACAUGUUUGAUUGGGGUGUGCAAAUGUUCGGUGUAGUAUUAUUAAAAUAUGAUAGCAGAAAGUAAUUCAGUAUCUAUUACGUACCGAUCUACCUAAGGUUGUAGAUAAAUCAUUUUCUAUAUUCAAAUUGAAUAAAACUACAAAUAAAACAUAAAUAAAUAAAAAAGCUUCAGCAGCGGUACCGUACUGCUUUCUCUGAAUUAAUGUCUCUGAAUUUUUUUCGUCAAAGGUAUUGAUAAUAAUCGGAACAAAAAAUCAUUUUUUUACAUAUUUUUCAUAAUAUUUAUGUAAAUUAUGACGAACAAAAAAAGAUUUUUGCUUCGUGGUUUUUUUUAGUAAAGACGAAGUACAAAACUAUUGAAAACUGAAGAUUGAGAAAUGUAAGAACUUGACACUGUACCCCAAUGUUAAGGAUAUAUCGCAAGAGGCAAAUUGCUAGAAGAAUAAUCUAUGACAAUUAUAAAUGUCGAUAUUUGCUAAAAAGCAAAUUAGAUGAAUUAAUAGGCUUUGUAAUAAAUUGUAAUUCACACUUAAGUAAUUUAUAAAUUUAAUGUCCGAAUAAGUGUUUCCCCAGUACGAGUAUAAUGUCCACGGUAUUUCAUUGGUCGACUGUUUAGCCAAGUGAUUACUCUUGAAUUAUAGUACAGGGGAAAAAUCCAAUAUACGAAUAACAAAAUAAAAAUGCUGGACAUAGUUUUAUUCGAAUUCAGAUUCAAAGUAGUAGAUAAGAAUACAUGAGAAUUCUGUGAGUGAAAAGGCAGAUAAAUAGAUAAAUAGGUAAAUAAUAAGAAAAUGACCGAUCCAUCUGGUGUUUGAGUGUGAAAAACUUAUCGGUUUGCCAAGACUGUAGCAGAUUCGUCUGAACAAUGUAUCUAUAUCCUUAGCCAUUGUUUUAUAAUAAAGUGACACAUAAAGAAAGUCAUACAGCAAA